GCUGGAACCGGAGGAAUGCGACACACUGUGGUUGCUGCCCAAAAGGCACGGCGCUUUUCGGAGCAACACAAUUACACACUUCUGUUGCGUAUAAGGACAACCUGGUCCGCCUGUCUCCGUGUCCGGACCAGAGUUUCAUUUCUUCGCGGAAACAACUUUGUUGCUGCGGAGACCGCUGCGUUUCCGACAUGAGAUCAGGCGGAUAGUGCGUCCUCCCAACGGUCUGAUGCCGCAGCCGCCAUCAUGUUCACCAAAAAGAAGAAGUCUCGCAUCCAGAUUUCCGCUCCAUCCAACUUUGAGCAUCGCGUGCACACAGACUUUGACGAGCAGGAGCAGAAGUUUGUUGGGCUGCCGCGGCAAUGGCAGUCUCUCAUCGAAGACACGGCCAAAAGGCCCAAACCCUUCAUCGACGCAACCGUCAUCACUACUGUAGAGCCGCGCAAGACAAUUGUGCGUGGCAGCAAGAUGGGCGUGGGCGGCUCACUGACCUGGCUGCUGGACGAAUUUGACACCAUGUCUGUGACUCGCUCAAACUCCCUGCGACGGGGUAGCCCCCCCAUCCAGCCCCGCAAAGACUCCAUCUCCUCAGGAGGAGGAGGGCAGGAAAACGGAGACCCUCACCAUAGACACUACUCGCACCCGGACCGGGACCAACACGGGCCGGAACACCACCAGAGCUCAGCUGACCCACGCCAGGGUCCGCGUGCACCGCACCCUCAGUGGGAUGAGGCGGUGCAGGGUCGGCCCCAGCAGCAGCCCCGGGGCCAGGAGCCCAGCCGGGCCCACAGGGGCCGGCCCGGCUCCGGCCCUGCUCCUCCACCACCCCAUAGAGACAGAGAGCACCGGGAGCGGGGUCAGCUGGCUCACAGGGAUCAACCCGGUGACCUCCGGCCAAAGUCCAGCUACACGGUACGGGACGGCAGCCCGCAGUCUCCCAGGGACAAGAGGCCUCUCUCUGGGCCCAACAUCCGCACCCCGAACCUGCCGAUGAGUGAGGGCGUGAUGAAGACCACCCAGCAGAGCACACGGCCGUUCAACACCUACCCGAGGGCGGACAGCGAGGGCGGACGGAGCCCCACAGGACAGCCGGUCCGACACCAGGACUCGUCCCCCCAAAACGGCCCCUCCGGCGGCUCCUCCCAAGGCUCCUCCAGCUCCAAGCCCCCCGUAAGCCACCCGCACCCUCAUCACGCUUCCCACCCAAGCCUGGCCCCCGAGUCCAGCCAGCACCCUCACACCCAGCAGCCCAGCGUUCCGGCCCCGCGGCCCCCUGCGCCCUCUGGGCCCCCGGUGCCGGGCGCUCCGCCCCAGGGCCGCUCUCCGCAGAGGGAACCGCAGAGGGUUUCCCACGAGCAGUUCAGAGCGGCACUGCAGAUGGUGGUGGAGCCCGGCGAUCCGCGAACCUACCUGGACCACUACAUUAAGAUCGGGGAGGGAUCAACGGGGAUCGUGUGCAUCGCCACAGUGAAGACCACCGGGAAGCUGGUGGCCGUGAAGAAGAUGGACUUGAGGAAGCAGCAGCGCAGAGAACUGCUCUUCAAUGAGGUGGUGAUCAUGCGGGACUAUCACCAUGAGAACGUGGUGGAGAUGUACAACAGCUACCUGGUGGGAGACGAGCUCUGGGUGGUCAUGGAGUUCCUGGAGGGCGGAGCGCUCACCGACAUCGUGACACACACCAGGAUGAAUGAGGAGCAGAUCGCCGCGGUGUGUUUGUCUGUCCUGAAGGCUCUGUCCGUCCUCCACACACAGGGUGUGAUCCACAGAGACAUCAAGAGCGACUCCAUCCUCCUCACCCACGAUGGCCGAGUGAAGCUGUCAGACUUUGGCUUCUGCGCACAGGUGUCUAAGGAAGUGCAAAGAAGGAAGUCUCUGGUGGGGACACCUUACUGGAUGGCACCAGAGCUUAUAUCCAGGCUGCCCUAUGGACCAGAGGUGGACAUCUGGUCUCUGGGCAUCAUGGUCAUAGAGAUGGUGGACGGGGAGCCGCCGUACUUCAACGAGCCGCCGCUCAAAGCCAUGAAGAUGAUCCGAGACAACCUUCCCCCCAAACUCAAGAACCUGCACAAGGUCUCCCCUCUGCUGAAAGGCUUUCUGGACAGAAUGUUGGUGCGAGAUCCAUCUCAGAGGGCCUCUGCCAACGAGCUCCUCAAACACCCCUUCCUGACGAAGGCGGGGCCGCCGUCCUGCAUCGUCCCUCUGAUGAGGCAGAACCGGAUGAGAUGAGACAAUGAGACCUCCGGACCCCAGAGGGGUCCGCACUCGCAGGUUCAGAUAGAAUGGAAUACUCGUGCACACAGAGAGACAGCCCUCAGAGGUCACGUGACGGGAGGUCCUGUGCUGUGAGCUGCAACGAGUAGACUGCGUGUGCAGGAGUAUUCUUUUUCUUACAUGAAUCACUGAACUGUGGGAAGUGUAUUCCCUUAAUAAGAGGCAAUAAGGCUGUGUGUGUGUGUGUUUCUUGAGACGUGCUGCCAUUUCCAGUCGUGUGUCAGUCAUACAUGCGUGUGCGAGCAGAAGAGCCACGACUUGCCCGUCGAGUGACUUAAACGUUUUGGUUUUAAAAGAACACUAUUUCGUAUUUUUCCAUUUGGACCAUUCCUGGAUUUUGGGUGUCAAGUUGGUUUUGCACACCAAUGGGAAUGCUUCGAAGGAGACGUGAGCCCGUUGGCUGAAUUUUUUAAAGACUGGAUUGUCGUAUUUUUUUAUAUCUCACUGUUCUGGCUCUCUGGGAGCCAGAGCUUGUCACUACAAAGGCCCCCAGACUUGGACACCACCCUCGUCACGCCCACAACCUACUACUGAGGGAGAGACACUUUGGACUCGCUGAGUCACACAGACUUUUAUUUUGUAGCCAUGUCAAUUCUAGCCUCCUGUUGUGAACAAGCAAACGUACACUAAUUCAAAAGGUAAACACUGGAGGUGUGUUGUUGUUUUUUACAGAUGAAUUUUACUCUAAUUUCCUUGUUUUCAUGUGUAAGUACAAUGAACAUAGAGAGAUAUAUCAGUUUUUCUAUCUCAAGUUUGUGAUUGUUUUGUUGUUAUUAUGAUUUGUUUCCUGGUUUGUUUUAGAUGCAUGUGAAUCGUAAAGCACUGUCGACUAGAACAGGAAACCAACACUAGGCCUUUCAUUUAGUCGUUGUGUAGCCCAGACAUGUCGAGUCGGUGGUCGCUGCGUGACUCGGUAACACGAAAGGACAACGACAAACCCUCGUCCCGCUCAAUACAUGACGAAGUCUGUCCCCCUUUUUGCCGCUGUUUUAACAAGAGAAGGCUUACUAUUCCAACCGAUGGAGGGAGCUCGCGUUAGAAAGCAACCGGUUCUUCUCCCGUAGCUUUUAGGCAAUGAGUGAGCUGUUGGUUGACUUCAUUCUGUAUUCCUCGUGCUUCCAUGUAACGUCGCAGCUCCCCUUCAACUGUGGCUGCUGUUUCCAGUCAUGUCUGUUCUCAUCCAUAUUUGUUUUCUAAGUCAAUCCAUCUGGCUGAGCUUCUGAAUCCACCUCAUGCUGCAGGUGUGUUAUUUAUGGACCAUAGCUUGUGUGUCUGGGUGCGCGUGUGUGUGCGUUAAUAAUCUGAGGCUGAAUGACAAUCAGAAGUAGUCGUGCUGGUUCCCGUCGGCGUGCUCGUCUUCACUGUCAGAAUCUGCGUGAAUUGAUUCAUCUCCUUUUAUCGUUGGCUGUACAACCAAUAGACUCCUUAACGAACGGGAGCUGCUGUGCUCAGUGGUUAGAGGCCAGUAGAGCAAUCAGGCCGGUGAGGGAGAAGAAAACACAUCAGAGGUUUUAAGAAGUGGGAAAAAAGAAGGUUGUGUGUCAAAGGGGACAUUUCCCCCACAGGAAAAGGUGUCAUUGACGUGAGUAAAAAGCUUUAAUGCUUUCAGAACAGUAGUGUGAACUCACAUUGGCCUUCAUCAGCCUCGAACAUCCAGCAUCAUCUGAGGAUCUGUCUGCCACAUAACCAAAACAACCAUUACACAUCACUAAACAUCAUUUUGCCACUGUUUUGUGUGUCAUAAUAUUCUUGCCCAGCUGGUUGUUUUUUUUACUCUAACAACAUGAAUCUGGUAAUAUUGGUUCUCAAACUUUCUUCUCGAAAUACUUAAACCGUUCUCUUGAUAAAUUCCUGACGGCAUCCUCUAAAUACGACCCCAGAUAAUCUGUUGCCCUCCCAGUGGGCCGAGUGCUGUGUUAAUGCCGCCGCCAGCAGCUUUCAAUGAAAAAAUCCCCCGAGCCGUUUCAUGGUGGGCUACAUUUUGUGUGUGUGUGUGUGUGUGAGAAUGUGAGCUCAUGUCCACACACACACACACAGGUUCUUGCCUUAACUUUUACUAGCACUGCUCAACGGAUGUGUCCGACUCGACACUACGACUGUUAGAGAAAGGAGACUUCUUGCACGGCAGGAGAAACUCUUGAUGUAGUUUGUGUCUCAUGUCGGGGUGGGGGGUGGUGGGGGGCGGCAGUUGAGAUUCCUUUUGAGGACACUUUGUUGAUGCUGAGGACUUUCCAGGUCGAGGUCGCCACUCCGCUCACCUCGGCGCACCAGGACUUCCACAAGUCGAUUUGUGGAUGAGCAGCUCCUCGUGCUGCCUCGCUCUGCAGCAUCCAGGCAAACCAAUGUGGUUACCAUAGAGACCACGUCAUCUCUGAAGCUCGUCGAAUACCCUGCGACCGAAAACCGAUUUGGAUUCUCUCCACUUUUUGAUUGAAAUUUGAUUUUUGUUGCUGUUCAACGUGUUGUAAAACAUGGGAUUGCAACAACUGCUCCUCCAUCUUCUUGUUCAUUUCACUGGUGUUAAAAAAAAAAUAGAAUUCACUUUGCAAAUGUUACUUUUUACUUUCUUUUUUUCACAAAUACAGAUUUUGUCAAAGUCAUCCAGGGUGUGUGUGUGUGUGUUUUCCUUAGUAGCAGACGGACGUUCCUCUUCUUCACUCGGACCUGAAGAAGUAACAACGCGUUAAACGGGCCGAGGCUCAACCCCAAAACAAAUGUCAAAAGAGGCUGUUAUUUACUGACUAAAAGGCAGAUUGUUGGGUGAAAGGAAGACUGCUGUGCGGGUGUGUAUUUAUGGUGCAAAUGAAACCUUUCAGAGACUUUCUGUCUUUGGUUGGCUGCCAUCCAGAUCGCAUGCUUUUUUUAGUGUUUUCACUUAUUGCAGGAUGCACUGACACGGCCCCGGGACGUACAGAAGGAUUUUUCCGGCCUACUGAAUCUAGUUGUAGAUCUAUUGCAUCUUUUUGCAGAGAACUGUCCGCACCAACCAUUUAAAGCUCCACGGUGUCAGAUGACGCCUCAACUGAGUAAUUACAGGUGUGAAGGGAUCCCCCUCGUGAGCUGCAGAUUGAGCAUCAGUUUUUUUCUUUCUCUCUGCUGUCUCAGAGCAGCAGGCAGCUGCGGAUGCUUUCAGCCUUUUUAGCACUUCCGUCCAUGCAGUGGAAGUUACUGAACUGCAGCGUUUACUGUUAAUCGAGGGCUUGAAGGGUGUGUGCCCCACCCAACAAUGACUCCUAUUACAGACCACGGGACGGCUGUGUUACUGCAUGCGUGUGAUCUUGCAAUCACAAAAAGUUUUGCGUUUCUUUGGUGGAUUACAGUUUAAGGUGUCAUCCUGGGUUAGUGUACAUUGAUGCAAGUUAUUCAGCUUUUUUCUUUUCUUUUUUAAACAUCAUGAAGGUGCAACAAACUACACGGAGGACAUUGUAUAUUCGCUGUUGAAAAUGUAACACUAAUAAAUAAUAACUUCAG